UCUAUUUUUUGAUUGCUGGUAAACGCUUUCAAUUCUCUCUUCAAAAGUUUCCGUUUUCAUCUGAUUUCAGUUUUUCACCAUUCAUCAAAUCCAAAUCCAUCACACCCAUUUUCGUUCAAUCCGAUUUCUCGACAACUCGUUUUGAUUUUUCUAUUUUCAAGUGUAGCAAUCAGUUUUUAUGGAUUGAUUUUAAUAUCCAUUGAUUUGUCUGUGAUUUUUGUUGCUGAAACAAUUUUUUUGGGAUGAGUAUUGAUUGGAUUCAUUCUCUGAUUGAAAUGACGAAGAUUUUGAUCGAUUCGGUGUUAGUUGGUUAGGGUUUAGGUAGAAAGAGUGUGAAAGGAAUGGCGUCACCACUACCAGCGAAAUCUCAACCGCUGCACAACUUCUCGUUGCCUCAUCUGAAAUGGAAGAACCACCGCAGCGGCCGUAGCAGACUAGCCGGAGAGACUUCAUCAUCAUCGCCGCCUCAUCGAUCUCCGUCUACUCCAUGGCGUGAAUCUCCUCCUCCUCCUCCUCCGAUUUCUCAUGCUCAUAUUCCUCCUCCAUUGCGGCAAUCCUCUCCGUCUUACGUUUCGCGGCGGCCGUCACCUCUUCACAAACAAUCGCCGAUGCGUGACUCAGAGUCGGAAUCUGAACCUGGUUGCGCCGUUUCGAAAGGAAUUGAAAAACCUAACAGGAAAUUGUCGUCUGAAAAAUCAACAAAAUCUGUUGAUAACAAUAAAGGGAAAAGAUCGAAUAAGAUCUGUAUUCGUUUCCGGAAGAACAAUAACAUCAAGCAUGACGACACGGUGGCGGAGGAAAAUCGCUCGUCUACACAAGCAGACAACGCCACCGCAGCCAACGAAGAAGAUUCGCUGCCGAAGACUUGGAAUCUGAGGCCUAGAAGGCCGCCGAUGAACCACCGGCAAUCUAAUGGUGGUUUACAGAAGAUCGGCUCAUCGCCAUUGCAGGAGAGUAGAACUUUUCAUGGAAAUAAUGCUAAUAAACAAGCAUCAGAAGUGAAGAAUAACGAUCACAACAAUCUGGGGACGUCAAAGAAGCAGAAAUUCUCGAUUGCUCUUUCCCGUGACGAGAUCGAAGAGGAUAUAUUUUCAUUGACUGGAUCGAAGCCUUCUCGGCGGCCAAAAAAGAGACCAAGGACGGUUCAGAGACAACUUGAUACACUGUUUCCUGGUUUAUGGCUGGGUUCUAUAACCGCUGAUUCGUACAAAGUAUCGGAAGCUCCUCCAAAGGCAUAAUAAUUUAAUUCGUUUUAGAGUGGUUUGAUUUGGUUAGUGAUAAAAUUUAGAUCGGGCAGAGAAAAGGGUCGUUCUUCGAUUGUUUUUUUGGUAGAAGUUCGAACGUAUGGAAGAACCCUAACUUGUAUAGAUGAAGUAGAAUAAUCCAUCGUGUUAUGGUAUGGUUCAUUUAUCUAUCUUUUGUCCUUUAUGAGAAUUCAACCAUUUCCCUUCAAAGAGGUCAAAUGACCCUUUGAACAUAUUUUUAUUUGAAGCUUAA